AGCAAAUAGUGAGAUUAUUCAAGAGAUUUAUUACUAGAAUGUCAUCCUCACCGUCACCGCCACCUUCAAAGACACCAAGGUUGAGAUAUAAGCCGAGCAGGACAGACACACGACUUACUAUGGUAGAGAUUGAUGAUAAAGACACCAAGAGAGCUCCAUUGAAGAGAUCUGCGUCGUCGUUUACGAAACAGAAAAGAAUACAGCGUGAAUUAGACGUUCCUCACGAAGCACCAGAGAAUUGGGAGACUGUAUACGAUCUCAUCAAAGAAAUGAGAUCCACACAAUUAGCACCAGUAGACACACUCGGUUGUGAGCGAGCACCAACUGAGAACUUGGACGCUAGGACAAAGAGAUACCAAAUACUCGUAUCGCUUAUGCUCUCAUCUCAGACAAAGGAUGCAGUCACUUCAGAUGCAGUGAAUAACCUCAGAGAGCAACUCGAAGGUGGCCUCACCCUCGAGAGUGUCUUGGCCGCGACAGAUAAGCAAAUACAAGACGCAAUUGCGAAAGUUGGAUUCUGGCGAAGGAAAACAGAAUAUCUCAAGAAAGCAGCUGUUAUGUUGAGGGACAACUUUGAAGGCGAUGUACCGAAAGACAUUGACGAGUUAUGUUCGCUUCCUGGCGUUGGUCCAAAAAUGGGUUUCUUGGCGUUGCAGGCAGCCUGGAAUCAAAAUGAUGGAAUUGGUGUUGAUGUCCAUGUCCAUCGAAUAACAAACAGGCUAGGAUGGCACCAACCUCCGACAAAGCAACCUGAGCAGACACGACUGAACCUUGAGUCAUGGCUGCCAAAAGAACUGCAUAGGGAUGUGAAUAAACUGCUAGUUGGAUUUGGACAGACGAUCUGCCUGCCGGUUGGACCAAAGUGUGAGGACUGCAAGCUAUCAGCUGAAGACCUAUGUCCGUCGGCUCGCAAGUUCGAGGGGAAGAAGAACAAACGGAGGAAGACGACGGAGCUGAAGAGGGAGGAAACGGAAGAGGAAAGAGGCGAACAGCUAGCCAAGCUAGAGAUAGUGCUCGAAGGCGAGCGCACCUAGUUGUACAGAUGUAAAUAUAUAUAAAUCUUAGAUCUUC